GAAAUAGAUAAAUAAUAAAUGAUCUGAGAUUGAUGAAGAAAAUUAAUAAAUGAUAAUUGUGAUCACGUGACAUACAGAAUGAAAAGGAAUACAAAAUGGAAUUUACAACUGUUUAUACUGGGAAUAUGUUGGGCCCACGUCAAAUCUUUCGACUGGGGAAAUGACUUUCCUAUAAAAACGGAAAUUGGAUGCGACCUGUACCCAAUAGCACUCGGAUGCCCCGGAAGUGACGUCAUACAGAUUGUCACUGCAGAAUAUGGCCGUCAGAACACAGACACUUGUAUUACGUCCAGUGGGAAAAUGAGAAACACAAAAUGCUUUCUUCCCGAAGCUAAAGAAAUAGUAGAAAAUCUAUGCAACAAUCAGACACAAUGUUCCUUUCAAGUUUCGUCAGCCAACUUUCCUGAUCCUUGUCCUGGUACACACAAGUAUUUAAAGACAACGUUCAACUGUGUGAAAUACAUGUUUGGAUGUCCUGGUUCUCUGACUGGAAUCGGAUCCGAAAUCGUGACUGCAGUUGAAAUUCAACCACAAUCUGGAACUUGGACGAAAGAUCCGCUUUCCAGUCCAGAUCAUGUGUUUUUCAUGUCUUCCAGUCAACAAAUUAUACAGGAAUACCGGAAUUGGGAUGAUUUUGUGACCGGAAAUCCUUCAUAUCGGUAUAAUUUGCCUUCGAAAGCAGCACCGGGGAAUAUUGUCGUAUAUGACAGGAAUUUAUAUUAUGUAAAGGCGAAUUCCCGCAGUAUCAUUCGAUACAGUCUGAUCACUCAGCGACGAACAAAAGAAACUGUUAUACAGCCAGAAACUGGUAUCACUCAGAAUCGGGAUAUCUCCUUAUCAGUAGAUGAGAAUGGAAUCUGGGUUAUCUAUCCACGACAAAGAGGCUUUAUCACUAUCAGUAAACUUGAUAAAGACCAACUAACUAUAUCGGAAACUUGGAACACGAAUCUUCGAAUAUCUGAAUCUCUUCACACUUUUAUCAUAUGCGGAGUUCUAUAUUCAAUUAGUUCGUCAACUGGACAAAUGGACUAUUUCUAUAACACGGAACUUAAACAAGAAAAACGCGGAAUUAAUGUUCCCUUUGACGCAGUCCGGGCACCUAAUUUUGCGUAUGGGAAUAAUUAUCGAAGCGAUUCUGGCCGUCGAUCGUUUCUUCGUUACAAUGCUACCUCUGUAGCUUAUAGUCCUCGAGAUAGACUUUUAUACGUGUGGGAUGAAAAUAAUGCCAAUGCUGUCUACUAUAAGCUACAUUUUGACGACGAGAAUAAGAAUGGCGGAGGUGGACGUGUUAAAACAACAAAAUCCACGUACACCACAAGGAUCCUUACGACACCUAAAAGGAAACCAACUACCAGAACUACAACAACUAGGCAUGCUAGACCAACUUUGGUAUCCAGUGUACCAGUACAACCGUUACCGAGUGUUGGAGAGCCAGAUGAGGAUUUCUUCCCGCUUGUAGACUUCUGCUUCCCGACUACAAGAGGGAAUAUCAAUUGGCCUAAAACAAACAUUGGGCACACAGCGAUCAUGUCUUGCUCGGAUGGAUCCGCCGAAUUCGCUAUAUGGAAAUGCGUCCGUGAACUAUCCAUGCGUGAAGCAGCAUGGCACCUGGCAGGUCCUGAUUUGUCAAAAUGUAUCACGUGGGCAAAUGACGUGGAAACAAAAUUCGACGCAGGUCUCAUAGAUCGAGCAACUGCAUUCUCGACUCUCGCUUUGCAAAUUUCCGAAAAAACCGAACACAGUGAAAAGUCUGUUCAACUUGCGAUUGAAUUGAUGAAGAAGUUAUUGGAAGACCCGGCGUUAGGAUCGGUGGAAGAAGUUGAAAUUAUACUCGAGUCGGUGACAACUAUUGCAAACAAGAUACUCAAUUCUGCUGAAUCAAUGAAAGACAUGAAUACGAAGAAAAAAGCUGAAAUUGCGGAUACACUGAUGAAUGAAGUUGAAAAGGCUGCGUUCCUUUAUGCCGACUCAGUUGCUAUGACACCUCCUGAUACAAGAAAUAAUGAACCAUUCAUAAUUGUAAACGACAAAAUGAUUGUUCAAGUAGACGUCAGGGAAAGAAAAUCCGAACCGAUGACGACAGAAUCUGUGACGUCAUUUCCAAGUGAAGAAUCCUGUGCUUUUGGCACGAAAAAUUGUGGUGAUGACGUCAUAAGAAUUCACGACUCCGAAAUUAUGGGACAAAAAGGCCUAGGUCCAGCGACCGUCGUUUUUGCGUUGUACCAAAACCUUGGUGAUUUUCUCGACCAAUCAAGUAAUGACGUCAUCGAUGAUGUCACAACGUGGAAAAUAGACUCCAAAGUUAUAUCAGCAACUUUUAGAGGUCAUGGAUUCCAAACAAAAUUGGAUAAACCUGCCGUAAUCGUGCUUGAACAUAAGAAGCCGUCACACCUGCCACACCGCUGCGUCUACUGGGAUUACUCGGAGAGCACAAAUUCUGGCAACUGGAGCGACACUGGUUGUCGAAUGAUAGAGAACAACGAGACCCAUACAGCAUGUGAAUGUGAUCACCUGACAAGUUUCGCGCUUCUUGUAAAUCACGCGGGAGUUACCAUGGCACCGAUUGAUGACGUAGUGCUUGACAUCAUAACGAGUAUUGGAAUUUGUAUCUCUAUUGUCUGCCUCGUAAUGUGCAUCUUUACGUUCUGUUAUUUCAGAAACCUUUACAACGAUCGCAACACAAUUCACAAGCACCUCUGCAUCUGCCUUCUCAUCGCUGAAACGAUAUUUUUAAUCGGAAUCAACCAAACGCAGAAUAAAAUUGCUUGUUCGAUCAUUGCUGGUUCGCUCCAUUAUUUCUUUCUUGCUGCUUUCUGUUGGAUGGCAUUGGAAGGCUUUCAACUUUACGUCAUGUUGGUUGAAGUAUUUGAAGCGAACAGUUCAAGAUGGAAAUGGUAUUACCUUGUUGGAUAUGGCGUUCCAGCUUUAAUUGUCGGUGUGUCUGCUGGUAUCGAUCAUGCAGGGUAUGGGACAGACAGUGUCUGUUGGUUAGAAUUCGAUUCCGGUUUCAUUUGGAGUUUCGCAGGUCCCAUACUAGUCAUUAUUCUACUAAACCUCGUUUUCCUCUCAAUCACUGUAUAUAAGAUGUACGUUCAUACGAUGUCGUUCACUGAUUCUGGAAAGAUAAAUUCAAUCAAAGCGUCAGUUCGUGGGGCGUCUGUUCUUCUCUGCCUUCUUGGAAUAACUUGGGCGUUUGGUUUCUUAUGGAUCAGCGAACACAUGACGGUCGUGGCCUAUUUGUUCUGCAUAUUCAAUGCAUUUCAAGGAAUGUUUAUAUUUAUAUUCCACUGCUUAUUACCAAGAAAGAUACGCGAGGAAUAUAAAAGGGCUUUCGACUCAAUUACAUGCUGCCAGAGAAUGCAACGAGGGACUUAUGCAAGUAACAGCAUGUCGUUCUCAAAGCGAUAUACACCCGAGAGGACGUUACCAAAUGGAUUGACUUGCCAAGCUAGUCAAAAUGCACAGAGCCAGCUUCAAAUAAUGUGGAAUGAGACUGUUGCACCAAAAGCUACCGAAUCAUCACCGAUGGCUGGUUCUGAAAUUUCACCGAAUAUUCUUCACGACAGAGUCACUCAAUCUCUCUCAAGAGAACUCUCAAAUAUGCAAGGAGUCUCACUCCGUGAUCGUUCCAAUUCAACAUCGUCCUUUCUUUAUUUCUACUCUGUUGAUAAAACGCCUCAUAAGCCCGAUAAACCGGCAAUAUUCGGUUCCACGGAGCCCCGACCUGUGAGACGGCAUAUGGUUAUUGUACCAACUUGCAAACGACACACUAUUAUAAUACCAGAUUCCAGCCGUGUUACGAUGGGCACGAGAGGUUUCUCUACUCGUAAUCUGCAACAAAAUCAUACACUGCAACAGGAAGACGAAGUAUUCCUUCCCUUGCAACCUGAGUUCGAAUCCCACCCACAUCACCAAAAUGAGACAAUGUUACAAAACAGCCCGAACGAAGUUUCGUAUGAUCGUUUACAACAUCACCGACACCAGGGAGCGCCAUUUUAUUCUCACCCCCACCCCCCACCUGGGAGAUUCCAUACCGGAAUACCACCAUCAUUUAGACAUUACAAUGGGGAUAACCGUACGUCUACGGUCGCACAGCACGACUGCCGUACGCACCAUCACGCUAUGGCCAACACCCAAUCUCAUGUUAACAACUUUACAGUUCAUAGUUCGACUCCAAGGCUUGCGGAAGCUAUCCAUCAAUGCGGAAAUGAACAUCAUUUAAAGCGCUACCCCGAACGACAAAGUAGUUACGAUGACAACAUAGUAAAUAGAAAAAGAGACUCUGGAAUAAGUAUAAACAAUUUACCACAAAAUUCGAUUCUACCUAAUAUGGAACACGAUGCAAAAAGGUCGCAUGAUAAUUUGAUAUACCAUGCCAAUGGUCCCAAUAUACCGAUCAUACAAAGGCAGUCUCAGCCAAUCAGGUUAGAGAAUUCACAACGAGACAUUUAUUCGCCCAGUGAUUCGGCAGCCAGAAGACUGUCUCAGCCAAUCAGAAUCGAGAACGAAAUUUUGUCAUCCAAUCAGAAUUGCCCAUUGGUAUCUUCGGACGACGAAAGACAUAAUGAAUUACAAUAUUCAAGUUCGAAUACUCAAAGGUCCGAAUUGGCUCAAAAUUGCGCAGCUAGAAACAAUGUAGCAGGCAAUCGUACUAACCCUACAUCGAGACUACAAAAUGUCCGAAGAUGCCGUAAAUCGCUGAGUUCCGAAUCGGACGAUCCAAUAGUUACUGACUGCAGCAUCACCAGCAGUGCGGGUUCGUCCUUAGAAAACGCAUCUCCGUCCAUACAUACUUGCCAAAGCAUACAUGAAACACUUCCCAAAGAGCCGUAUUACGAAGAACCUAUUUGCGUUCACAAACGAAGGCUUCCGAAUCCACCUAUCAGCGUCCGAAAUCACAAAGAGCACUGGCAUCCCACAGCAUCGAUAAUUUCGGACCACAGCAGGGACGAAACCGACUUUGAAGUUGAAAGGUUAACUUCGGAUGCAUGUGUCAAUGACUACGAUACAUCUACGGACUACCAACUUUCACCAUUAUCAAGUAUAGGACAUAGUGAUGGGACAUCUCGGUCCGAAUUUACGGACGCAGAGGAGAAGUUAAUUUCGGCCCCAGCUGGUUAUAGAACGGGUAUGGUAGGAAAUUCUACUUAUUCAUCAAUGCCCGUGAACGUUGGGGGCAGAAAUGUCCCGCAAAUGGGGUGUUUCGGACAAAAAAUAUUUCCAAGUUCUCAAAAUAGCGUCGAUUAUUCUCAAAACCCAAAUACGUAUCUCUCAUGCAAACAACCGAGCAUUCAUGAAGAUAUGGGCACGCGCAUGAUCACCAACUUAUAAGAGUUUACUUUGUCAAAAUCUUGAAUAUUUUAUGUGUUUCGCGCCUUUGCUUUAUAUAGGGCUUAAAAAAGGCAGAUUGUGCUGUGUAAGAAACUAUGUUGUUUCAGUAGCUCUUGAGUUGUUCAGUGUUUGCCACUCGCUUUUGCUCAGAGAUGAGUCUCCUUCACUUCUGAGUGAGUGACCGUUACUUUUGCUCAGAGAUGAGUCUCCUUUACAUCUGAGUGAGUUUGCAUACCUUCCCUCAGAGAUGAGUCUCGUUCACUCAUGAGUGAGUUGCUGUAACAUUGUUCAGAGAUGAGUCUUCUUUGUUUCUAAGUGAGUAAUAUUCAAGAUUCGAUUCGAAAAAAUAUCCGAUUCGAUCCUGAAAUACCACGUAUUGGAAAAUGACUAGACAUUAUACAAAGAAUCCAUUUAAAAAAAUAUUUUAAUUUAUAGAUUGGAAUUGAUUUUUUUCCGGGUGGAAUAUUCCAUUGUGAAACUUUACGAGGAAAGAAUUUUCUGCGUGUAAUUUCCCUUCUUAUUUCUGUUUCAACUAAUUUUACUUCAAUUUCUUUAUUAAUUUUUUUUGGCAUUAAGUAGCACUACUUUAUUCUUUUUUAGUUAAUACCUAGGAAUGCAUUAGCCAAACUUAAACGUUAAGUUAAACGUAUGAAGCUGAUUAUUUUCAAACUUAAUUUUCAACUAAGCCAUAGAACUGUUUUUACAUAUGUAUUGCUAUUGUAGCAUUUCCAUAUUUUCACAUUUUCAAAACAAGUCUCUACACGAAAAGCCUCUGGUAUUUUCUGUGUCAAUUUAUAUGAAAUAAGUCUGAAACCCUUGAUUCAACUCAGCCAACUGAACUGAAUGAGUGAUUUGCUUAGACGAGUUUCUUGAAAACGUGUUAAACCCUUAAUAGGUUAUCUAGCUUAGCGAUUUUUUGAAGGCUUGAAAUUAGUUUGUAGAAUGGGUACUCCCGUAGUGUGUGUACCAGGUUAGGGUUACGCCAUAAUUUUAUUUCGAUUUUCCCUGUUUUUCUUCUAUUACGAGUUCGGGGACUGUCUAUGUUAGCCAGGUGAAUAUACCCCCUGUCCAUAGGCUUCAGUCCCUUUUACUUGAUGUAAAGUAGGCGAACAAAAUUAGUUAUUUCCAUAUUGGUAUACACACUUCUGGAGCGCUGUCGAAUGACUACCCAUAUUUGCAAGUUAAGUAUUCUAAACCGUUCGACAUAUUUCAAACUUGCUUUUCAACUCAGACCGUUUCAAAUUCCAACUUCGAACCACUUGCGUAGAAUUACUGAUUCGUUUAUGUUUGCAAGUCGAUAUUCCAAAUCGUUUACUUUAUUUACUUUAUAUUACCUAAUUACCGAACUCAAAAACUAAGUUGUUUUAGUGUUAGACUAAACUGUAUUGGAAUCUAUAUCCACCACUUCUUCCAGCGUGUAAUAAAUUGAGUAGGCAAUGUCUCUUCAAAACCUAUAAUAACUUUAUCAAUAUGCCGUAUAACAAAUUAAACCCGGCAGCAUUUACAGCUCACUCACUCCCAAAACGUCCUUCGGUCAAACUAUGUUGUUACAGAACACCAUUAUUUCAAAUUUCAUGUAAAUUUCUGUUUUUUUUUUAUUGCAAUGUACAAACAUGAUUAUUUAAACUGCACUUUUCAUUUUUUUUUUUCAACUUAUUUUUUGAAAUAAUAAAUUUUGAU